AUGUCACUCCUACUGCUGCUGUUGUUGCUGUGGCCGCCAGCCUGCUCCUCCUUGCUCUCGCGCGACAUCAACGCCGCGGCAAACGCCUCACUGUUAAAGUUGAGCUCCAGAUUGAAACGGUCACGGGACUGUGCGCUCCUGUCGUCCAGGAAGCAACUGUUGCUCUUGGUGAACUCGAUGUGGUGCUGCGAGAGUCGCGAAGGCAGUGGAGGGCGGAAUGAAGACGUCGAGGAUUUUCCAAUUGUCGCUGAUGACAAAGACGGAAACAACUCAAACACCGUACUCCUACUGGCAGACUUGUUGUGGCCCAUAGUCGUACCAGCUCUCCUCAGAGUAUUGAACUCUCUCAAUGUCUUCAAUGUACCAAUGAUCGAUUGUUUGCUACAUGACUCGCCCUGUUCAACGCGU